GACUUCUCUCCAUGGCCAGCAAUCCCCUGCAUACCUCUUAAUCCUCCAGCAUUGUCUUCCACUCAACUUUGGUGCUCAUGAUGAUGGUGUUCUAAUGACACGAGUCUCCUUUCCUAGGCUCCUUCCUGCUUGGGUUCUUUUGCAUCACUAUAAACCUCUGUUAGCUCAUACUUACCUUCAGGCAACAUCUCAAAUGCUAUGACCUCUGCGAGACAUUCCCUGGUGCUCCCAAUUCUAAAGUCGGAAGAUACUGAAGAUUACUACAAGUUACUGGGAUGUGAUGAACUAUCCUCGGUCGAACAGAUCCUGGCAGAAUUUAAGGUCAGAGCUCUGGAAUGUCACCCUGACAAGCAUCCUGAAAGCUCCAAAGCUGUGGAGACUUUUCAGAAACUGCAGAAGGCAAAGGAGAUUCUGACCAACAGAGAGAGUCGAGCCCGCUAUGACCACUGGCGAAGGAGCCAGGUGUCGAUGCCAUUCCAGCAGUGGGAAGCUCUGAGUGACUCGGUGAAAACGUCAAUGCACUGGGCUGUCAAAAGUAAAAAAGACCUGAUGCUGGAAGAACCUGACCAGAUCCAUGCUAACAAGAUUGAAAAUGAGGAAUGGAAAAAGCAAAGAGAAAUAAAGAAAGAGGAGCUGACUUCAACCACAGAGAAAAUGGAGCAAAAAGAAGAGCCCCUGGAGAAGUCAGUCUCCUCGCAAAAUCCAGAUUCUUCAAGUUUUUCAGAUGUGAACUGUUGGCAUCUUCGUUUCCGCUGGUCUGGGGAUGCUCCUUCGGAUCUCCUGAGGAAGUUCAGAAACUAUGAAAUAUGAAAUGUCCCUGCUCCAUAAAAGAGGGAGAGCAGGAGUGUCCCCUGCACUGCCAACACACAGUCUUUGUUCAUAUCUUAAAAAUGUUAUGUUUAUAUGUCGUGCUUGUGAAUUGUUGAGUGUACCGAUUGAUUUUUCCAUCCUUGAACCAGUUCUCUUGUUUUUCAAAUGAGAAAAUAUUCAGAAGACUGGCUUCUUUCAACAUUUGAAUAGAUUAAGCCUCUUAGAUCCAGAGUAGACUGUAUUAUAUUCUUUUUCCUGUUAUUGCUAUUUAUAAAAAUCCAUAUAAAAAUCAAUCUCUGCACAGUGUAUUUAAAUGUUGCAUUGAUAGACUGUGGUCUCUAUUAGUGCUGGAUGUACGGAAAGACGUUUUCUGACUCUUGACUUAAAAUGAAAUGUGAAAUUACUUGUGUAAACCACAUAGAGUGAAAUAAAUAAUUUCCUCAAAGUCCAUAAAUGAAUUUAUAAUUCAACUAUAUUUUUAAAAUAAUUUGAAUAGACAUUUCUACUUUAAUAAUUGUGAAUUUAAAAGGCUAUGAUUUAUUUGAGGAAAUGAUAUGGUUUUAAAGGUUUCUUGUGUAUAAGCAAGUGAUCAAUUAUAAAUGAUGUUCUAACUAUGAAAAUGACCUGUUAAUAACCUGUAAAUAACCUCUUUAGUUUGGAAUUCUUUUGGGCUCAAGCAAUCCUGCCUCAGCCUCCCAAGUAGCUGGGACUACAGGUGCACAUCAUUGCUCCUAGUGAGGUUGAAAUUCUCGAUGGUAACAUGUAGUCUUUAGUUACUCUUUAGUUUGGGAACAAGUGGAUGAAAAAGUAAGAAGAAAAAAAGAUUUUAGAGUAGUUUCCUUAGUCAGUGACACUGGUCUUCACAACCAUAAAGAGAAUAUAGCAAAUGCUAUGGUCUGAAUGUUCGUGUCUCCCCUCCCCAAAUUCAUAUGUUGAAAUCCUAACGCCAAAGGUGGUGGUUUCAGGAAUUGGGGCCUUUGAAAGGUGAUUAUGUCAUGAGAGCCCUCAUGCAUGGGAUUAGUGCUGCUAUAAAAGUAAAUUGGGGCCGGGCGCGGUGGCUCACGCCUGUAAUCCUAGCACUCUGGGAGGCCG